GAUAAGUUUACACAGCUCAGCCAGCCAUGUGGAACUGGACGGUAUGGUGUGAUGUGAGACGGCAUGUUUUCCAGUGUGUGACGUUGUAGGGUUGGUGUUUAGACGGUUGCACUGUUUAAACUCCUGCUUUGACACUGCGUAUUGUGUGUGCAGGUGAGUGUGUGUGUGUGUGUAUGAGUGUGUGUGAGUGUGUAUGCCUGUGCCGGAGUCUGUCAUGGUGGGCCAGACCAGUGUGCUGCAGGAAACGGUGGUGUUUAAAGAUAGCAGUCUGCUGGAGAAAGCUGUAGAAAAGACAGCAGGCCAGGAGGAAAAGCUGCAGGAUCGCGGUCAGUGGGCCAGCAAGGCUGAAUUCCUGCUGGCUGUAGCCGGACAGAUCAUCGGCCUGGGAAACGUCUGGCGCUUUCCGUACCUGUGCUACAAAAAUGGAGGAGGUGUUUUCUUCAUCCCGUAUCUUCUUUUCCUGGUGCUUUGUGGAAUCCCACUCUUCCUCUUGGAGACAGCACUCGGUCAGUACACUAGUCUGGGAGGAGUCAGUGCCUGGAGAAGCAUCUGUCCGUUGUUUGGAGGUCUGGGCUAUGCCAGUCAGGUGAUGAUCCUGCAUGGUUGUGUUUAUUACAUCGUUAUUCUGGCCUGGGCUCUGUUCUACCUGUGCAGCAGCUUCCAGGCUGAACUUCCGUGGGCCCACUGUAGCAACACCUGGAACACAAAUAACUGUACAGUGUUGGAGGGUAAGAACAUCAGUGGACUUCCUCUCAAUAUGACUUCACCCGUUACAGAGUUCUGGGAGCGGGAGGUGCUGAACGUGUCGGAUACAGUUGGAGAGUUGGGGUCUAUACACUGGAGGCUGGCUCUGUGUCUGCUGGUGGUCUGGGUGGUCUGCUACUUCUGUGUGUGGAAAGGGGUCAAAUCCACUGGAAAGGUAGUCUACCUCACAGCUACCUUCCCGUACGUCAUGCUGCUGGUUCUGCUGAUCAGAGGUGUAACUCUUCCUGGUGCUGUAGAGGGAAUCAUCUACUACCUCAAACCUGAUCCCACCCGCCUCACCGACCCUCAGGUGUGGAUGGACGCUGGGACUCAGAUCUUCUUCUCGUACGGGAUUUGUUUGGGAAGUCUCACGGCUCUGGGAAGCUACAAUAAAUUCAACAAUGACUGUUACAGGGACACGUUCCUGCUGUGUUUGCUGAACAGUGGUACCAGUUUUAUAGCAGGUUUUGCCAUUUUCACAGUGUUGGGCUUCAUGGCACAAGAGCAGGGCGUUCAUAUCUCUGAAGUGGCACAGUCAGGUCCUGGUCUGGCCUUCAUAGCUUUCCCGAGGGCAGUGUCCAUGAUGCCUCUUCCUCAGCUCUGGGCCGUUUGCUUCUUCCUUAUGAUCAUCAUGCUGGGGCUGGACACACAGUUUGUCAGUCUGGAGGCUCUAAUGACUUCGUUGACUGACCUUUACCCAAGGGUCAUUCGUAAAGGUCGACGGCGUGAGCUGCUGCUGUUGAUGGUAUGCAUGGUCUGCUUCCUGGUUGGACUGGUCAUGGUCACACCGGGAGGACUGUAUGUGUUUCAGCUGUAUGAUCACUUCUCCUGCAGUGGAGCCAGUCUGCUGAUGCUCUCCAUCUUCCAGUCUGUGGCCAUAGGCUGGGUCUAUGGGCCAGACCGCUUCAGCAGCAACAUCAAAAGCAUGAUCGGUUACCCGCCACCGUCCACCUUCACACUGUGCUGGCGCUACCUCACCCCAGCUGUGUGCACGGGCACGUUCGUGUUUUCUCUGGUGAGAUGGACGCCCCUGAGGCUGGGGAAGGGUGUGGAGGCCCCAGCGUGGGCUACAGCUCUGGGUUGGCUGCUGGCGUUGUCGUCGGUGUCUCUUCUGCCACUCUGGUCCAUCUACGCUUUGAUAAACACUCCCGGCACUUUGCUCCAGCGUCUGCAGACACUGUGCCAGCCGGAGGAGCGCUCACUGGAGGUCCUGAAACAUCAGGGUAACGGAGUUCAUCCCCCCUCAGACUCGGAGAACACAUCCAGAGUCCUGUAGCUGUAUAACUGUAUCACUCUCUCCCCUGCACUGUUUCCCUCUGAUCUGUUUCUCUGGGAAAGUCUCACCCCACACGCUCUGCAUGACUGAAACACAUGCAGGAGAAAAUGACAUACUGCACACAUGCAGCAUAAGCACAUACAGGGGUUGGACAAUGAAACUGAAACAC